ACUUCCUCACGUGACAUCAGUCCAAGUGAAGAUGUCAACAUCGACAACCGAGUACACUUGAAGUUAUAUGACUGAUGUUUUUGUCGUAUUGCUGGAAAUCGGAAGGGAAUGUCGAUGUUGACCACUGCUUGACUAUCACAUAAGAUAGAAUCAUCUGUCUCGGUCUUCUCAUCUAUUUUAUGGCGCAUUGUUUACCUGCAGGAUGGCUGGAUGUCACAGUGGCCAAUCCACCCUUGUCAACAGCUUGGCCACUCUGCUUCGGAAUCAUGGUGCAUCUGUGCUUGACGGCAGCAGUACCCUGACUCUACAGGCAGACUCUAUGCAGCACCUAGGUCGUCUGUUUGAGCAGUACCUCCUCUCCAGGACUCACCAACAUGGCUUCCUGGCUCUGCCAUCACACCCUGCUGACACCACCUCCCUACUGCAGCUCCAGUUCCUGUUCGACGUGCUGCAGAAGACUGUCUCCCUCAAGCUCAUCAAUCCACCAGGGUCGAGGUUUCAGUCAGUGGUCAAGAUCUUUCCUUUCAAGUCUCUCAAGUCCUUAGAGUUGAAGCGUAUCCCCCCUCACUGUCUGGAGGACCUGAGGGGAGUCUACUCUCAGUUAGAGGUCUUCACCUGCUCCAAGAGCCUCAGUUCCCUGGAGGAGCUACUGUCUCUGUGUGGAGGAGACCUCAGCUCUGCACUGCCCUGGCUGGAGCUGCACACCCUCAACUUCAGCUACAACGCUAUAGUCUGCCUGGAUGAGUCACUGAGUUUACUGAAUGUUCUGAAGUCUCUGGAUCUUAGCCACAAUAAAAUCCAGGAGUGUGCUGACUUUCUCAAGCCUCUGAGUGAGCUAGAGCACCUCAACCUGGGCUUUAACAAUCUCCAGAGAGCACCAACGCUGGGCUUGAGCUCCAGAGCCAAACUCCUCACUCUCAUCCUCAGAAACAACGAGCUGGAGACCAUCAACGGAGUGGAACAGUUGUCAUCCCUACAGCACCUGGACUUGGCUUACAACCUGCUACUGGAUCACUCCCAGCUGGCUCCUCUGUCUAUGCUUCACAGUCUCAACAUGCUGAAUCUGAAGGGCAACCCACUGUUCUUCCAGAAGACCCACAGAACCCGCACUGUCCGCCACCUCUCCCCCAAGGCUGCCUACCUCAGACUCAGACUGGACAGCAGCCCUCUCUCCUCUUCAGAGUUGUCAGUGCUACCCAAACCGGGACAGCUGAUUGGGCAGCUUCAGUCCCAGGCCUCGCCCUUGAUCACCAGGGCUCCAGAGCGGGGUAACCAGGAAGUAGUGUCCAGCGGGGGCGGGGAGUUGAGUGACAGCCUGUCGGUCAGCGAGGUGGGAGUGACACGACAACGCAAGAAGAAAGCCAAAAGUAAGGUGAGGGUGAGACGGGCUAGCAUCUCAGAGCCCAGUGACUACGACUAUGACUAUGAACCCAGACCACAGUCCUCUAUACAAGACAUCGUUCUCCCUCACCAGAAGGAGAUUGAACGCAUGGACAGUUUCAGGGACCAACUGGGUGAAGAUUGGCUGCGCUACCAGCAUCACCUAGAGGGGGCGCCAAUCGCCACCCUAGACAAGGCGGACAGGCCAGCUCCUCCACACCUCAAAAACAGUCUCUGUGCCACCCCCUCCCCAACCAACAACAGCCCCAUCCAGGCGAGCCCCGCCACCUUUAAGCCCCCUUCUCCAGAGCUGGAAGUCCCGGAGGUUCUACCCCCACCGCUGCUCUCGUCUGAGCCCAAGGAGGAGGCCUCAGACUGGGAUGCAGAUCUGGAGACAGAGUCCACCCUCCAGUGGCCUGACCACAGCCUCGGGCACACAGAGUCCACCCUGGAGACUACUAUGGCAGAGGGACUGGGUCAGGGGUUAGAGGGGAUACCGGUGACACCCACGGACACCAGGGAAGAAGAGGAGGAGGACUUGGGAGUUGACCUGUGUCACCCCCUGCUUGUGGGAGUACUAUCAUCAUCAGAGGAGGAGGAGGAGGAGGAGGGGCUGAGGAGGAAGAACAGGGCCCAGUGUCCUGUGUUCCUCAGGGUCAAGCCAAGACACGUCCUGGAGGUGGACAUGAGCAGGGGUCAGUUGCAGGCCCGGCUAGAGUUGGACAGUCUGGGGAGGUUCACCAUGUCCCAGGUCACCUGGACUGAGAGGGAGGUGGAGCGAACUCUUCCUGCUGUAGAGCUUCACUUCCGUUACAUCAGCAGAGAGAGGAGGAGGAGACGCUAUGUUAUGCUGGAUGAUGACCCCCAGGAGGCACUGCAGGCACUGACAGAGGUCCUGUCGCGGGUGGUGGAGGAGAAUGAACGGCGGGUCAUGGAGGGUCGUCCCAGCUGUGUCUGCCUGCAGUGUCUCCGCUGUGGGUCAGAGUUCACACAGCGGGGAGGGAAGGGGCAGGAGGACGGAGGGAGAUUGAGAGAAUGGGCAGGACUGGAAGAGCAGGAGGAGAAUAAGAACAAGUGCAGAGAAGAUGGAUUGGGAAGUACCGUCAUCUGUCCUGAGUGUGGUAGUGAUCAUGUGGUCCAGCUGGCUGGCCAGUCAGCUCCCUCCACCAGUACGCCCGUCCAUGGUUCCCCAUGCCAAGACCGGACUGACCGACACUUUACCUUCAACCAGAGAGAUACACCUCUACCCAGUCAUCCUGGCAACAAGGACCCCACCAUGGAAGGUCCUUCCUCUGCCAGGGCCAGCCACUUCGGCAGCCCUGCCAUGAAGGCCUCAACCCAGGACACUAUCCAGACCAGCAUCUCCAUGGAGGACCCCACCUCCUUCUUCUCAGCCAAGGGAAGCUCCUUCUCCCUGGGGGAGACCUGGGAGGACCAGAGCUGUGACCGGAGCCUGUCCCAACCUGCCAGCUUCUACAGUACAGAGGGCCAGAGUAAAGGAGGUAUAGCAGGGAGCUACAGCUACACUGUUAGUGCUACCUCACCUGGACCCCAGGAUCCGCAUGCAGAACAAGCCAGUCCAGGCCAGUUGGACCUUCUCUCAGAGGACUAUGAGGCGGUGGACCAUCGGCUGAAGCUCUUCCUAGAUGUGGAGGUGUUUGAAGAGGAAGAGGAGCUCCACUCCUUUCUCAAGGUGUCGACCGUGAAGUUUGGUGACCCGGUGGAGUUCCCCUCGUUCCUGGUGGUGUCUGACCAACGCAUCUACUUCCUGGAAGUGACAUCCGACAUGGAAGGGCAACCUUGUGAUUGGCUGCAGAAGAGGGAGAGCCGUGGAAUCACAGAGCUGAGUUACCUGGAGGUGGGACUGGGCUCCCAGAGUAUCCACAUGGAGUUUGAGGACGGGCCUGUGGCCUACACCCUGCUAGUACGGGACAGCGUGCGUUGCAAACGCUUCUUCAGCCUCUUCACAGGAGUGGUGCGUGAGUUGGCUACCAAGUCAGACAGCAAGCUUAAGUCUAUCUCCACCACCAGGCUCAACCCACAGCAUCAUCUCUGGCCCCUAGUGUGUGAAGACAUGCAGACUGAUGUGGAGGAUGGCCAGCUACAGUUCUUCUACCUUCUGUCCUUUCUACAUCAAGAAGACCGUGUGACCCCUCUGACAGUGCUGGCCACCCGGGAAACCCUGUACCUGCUCAACGAAGACCACCAAUGGAGCAAGAGCUUGCCCCACCCAUCAGCCAAUGAGAACGGGGGACCCUGCAGUGGGCGGGUCACUGUUCAGGAGACCCAGCCAAUCAGCUGUGUCAGCUCUGUCCAUCUAUGGUCGUCUGACCCGUGCAGAAUGGACAUCAAGCUUUACGAUGAGGUGAGACUGAGGGAGACGGGCACACGUUUGUAGCUGGGUACACGUUUGUAUGUUUUAUUAGACAUUUUUCAGGAUGAAAUCUCUUGAGAUGCACCAUCCUGUUUUCAAGAGUGUCCAGAUGAAAACAACAAACAAACGAACAAUACUUAGUAAGAAGAAGAAUGUGGCAACUACUGUCUAAUAACAAUGAAAUCUAAUUUUAUUUGUCAAAUCCAACCGUGAAAUGCUUACUUACAAGCCCUUAACCAACAAGGCAGUUAUAAGAAAAAUAAGAGUUAAGAAAAUAUUUACUAAAUAUUAUCUAAAUAAAAUCUAUAACACUAUAAAAUAACAAUAACAAGGCUAUAUACGGGUUGUUUCGGUACCAUGUCAAUUUGCAGGGGUACAGGUUAGUCGAGGUAAUAUGUACAGUACCAGUCAAAAGUUUGGACACCUACUCAUUCAAGGGUUUCUUUAUUUACUAUUUUCUACAUUGUAUUUCACACCUAUGAUUAACACAUAUGUUAAAGAAAUAAAAAUAUAAUUGAGAUUUGAGAUUCAUCAAAGGAACUACCCAUUGCCUUGAUGACAGCUUUGCACACUCUUGGCAUUCUCUCAACCAGCUUCACCUGGAAUGCUUUUCCAACAGUCUUGAAGGAGUUCCCACAUAUGCUGAGCACUUGUUGGCUGCUUUUCCUUCGCUCUGCGGUCCAACUCAUCUCUAUUGAGUUGUUGGGUGAUUGUGGAGGCCAGGUCAUCUAAUGCAGAUCUCCAUCACUCUCCUUCUUGGUCAAAUAGCCCUUACACAGCCUGGAGGUGUGUUGGGUCAUUGUCCUGUUGAAAAACAAAUGAUAGUCCCACUAAGCUCAAACCAGAUGGGAUGGCGUAUCGCUGUGCUAGCCAUGCUGGUUAAAUGUGCCUUGAAUUCUAAAAUCACCAACAGUAUCACAUGCAAAGCACCAUCACACCUCCUCCAUGCUUCACGGUGGGAACCACACAUGCUGAGAUCAACCCUUCACCUACUCUGCGUCUCACAAAGACACGGCGGUUGGAACCAAAAAUCUUACAUUUGGGCUCAUCAGACCGAAGGAAAAAUUUCCACUUGGCUAAUGUCCAUUGCUCGUGUUUCUUAUUAUUGGUGUCCUUUAGUAGUGGUUUCUUUGCAGCGAAUCGACCAUGAAGGCCUGAUUCAUGCAAAGGGUGGCUACUUUAAAGAAACUCAAAUGUAAAAUAUAUUUAGAUUUGUUUAACACUUUUUUUUUUGGUUACUACAUGAUUCCAUAUGUGUUAUUUCAUAGUUUUGAGUCUUCACUAUUAUUCUACAAUUUAGAAAAUAGUAAAAAUAAAGAAAAACCCUUGGAUGAGUAGGUGUUUUAACUUUUGACCGGUAGUGUACCGGUAGAUAUUUACAAAUGUCGUGACAUGGUGAUGUUUCUAUUAGUUAAGAAAACAGUUUGAUCUUAACGUUUGAAAAAGGCCUUUCUUAAAUUCAAUGUGUGAUUGUAAUGUCCUGAUUUCUAUAGGUAAAUGAUUUGUCAAUUAGGUGUUCCUUUUAAUAAAUAUACACAACAUGACAAAACAUGUUUUUAAGUUGAUCCAUUUAAAAAGAAAUGGGUUCUAAUGCAGUUGUCUUCUGUUUGGGAGUGGCAGUCCAUUUUGUGAUUCAGACAUUGUGCAAUGAUGUCUUAUAAUAGCAUACAAGAAUGAAUCUGCAAAGAUUAUGACAUCGAAUUCUCAAAGUAAGGUCUUGGUUGUGAAUUGAAAGAUGUCACUAUAGUCUAGGAUAGGAAGCAGCAGAUGGUUUACUACAGUCUUUCUAAUGGAUACAGUAAAACAACUCUGUAUUGUAACCCAGGCUUAUAGUUCGUUGUUUUUUGAAAUAUAAUCUAUAUGCGGUCCAAAAGAUCAUUCAGAAUCUAUCCUCAAACCCAGAUAUUUCAAACAAUCAACACUUUCAAGCAUUGUUCCAUCACUUCCAAAAAAUGUGAAAUGGUCAGAAACUCAUUCUUUGCCGUGUACCAAACCGCAUGAUAUAGGUGUGUGUGUACAUGUUUCAAGCAGACCACCAUAGUCCCUAUGCCCAAGGAAGCGAAUGUAACCUGCCUAAAUGAUUACCGCCCCGUGGCACUCAUGUCGGUAGCCAUGAAGUGCUUUGAAAGGCUGGUCAUGGCUCACAUCAACAGCAUCCUCCCGGACACCCUAGACCCACUCCAAUUCACAUACUGCCCCAACAGAUCCACAGAUGACGCAAUCUCAAUCACACUCCACACCGCCCCUUCUCACCUGGACAAAAGGAACACCUAUGUGAGUGCUGUUCGUUGACUACAGCUCAGCAUUCAACACCAUAGUGCCCAUGAAGCUCAUUACUAAGCAAAGGACUCUUGGACUAAACACCUCCCUCUGCAACUGGAUCCUGGACUUUCUGACGGGCCGCCACCAGGUGGUACGAGUAGGAAACCAACACGUCAGCCACGCUGAUCCUUAACACUGGGGCCUCUCAGGGGUGUGUACUUAGUCCCCUCCUGUAUUCCCUGUUCAUCCACGACUGCGUGGCCAAACACGACUCCAACACCAUCAUUAUGUUUGCUGAUGACACAACACUGGUAGGCCUGAUCACCGACAACGAUGAGACGGCCUAUAGGCCCUCUCUCUCAAUAUGAGCAAGACAAAGGAGCUGAUUGUGGACUACAGGAAAAGGCGGGCCCGAACAUGCCUCGCUCAACAUCGACGGGGCUGUAGUGGAGUGGGUCGAGAGUUUCAAGUUCCUUGGUGUCCACAUCACCAAUGAACUAGCAUGGUCCAAACAUACCAAGACAGUCGUGAAGAGGGCACGACACAACCUUUUUCCCCUCAGGAGACUGAAAAGAUUUGGCAUGGGUCCCCAGAUCCUCAAAAGGUUCUACAGCUGGACCAUUGAGAGCAUCCUGACCGGUUGCAUCACUGCCUGGUAUGGCAUCUGACCGUAAGGCGCUACAGAGGGUAUGGCGAACAGCCCAGAACAUCACUGGGGCCAAGCUUCCUGCCAUCCAGGACCUAUAUAAUAGGCGGUGUCAGAGGAAAGCCCAGAAAAUUGUCAGAGACUCCAGUCACCGAAGUUAGAGACUUUUCUCUAUUACCGCACGGCAAGCAGUACCGGAGCACCAAGUCUUUGACCAAAAGGCUCCUCAACAGCUUCUACCCCCAAGCCAUUAGACUGCUGAACAAUUCAUAAAAAUUGCCACCGGACAAUUUACAUUGACCCCUCCCUUGUACACUGCCGCUACUCACUGUUUGUUUGUUACCUAUGAUUAGUCACUUCACCCCCACCUACAUGUACAGAUUACCUCAACUAGACUGUAGUCCUGCACACUGACUCGGUACCGGUGCCCCUGUAUAUAGCCUCCACACUGACUCGGUACCGGUGCCCCUGUAUAUAGCCUCCACACUGACUCGGUACCGGUGCCCCUGUAUAAAGCCUCCACACUGACUCGGUACCGGUGCCCCUGUAUAAAGCCUCCACACUGACUCGGUACCGGUGCCCCUGUAUAAAGCCUCCACACUGACUCGGUACCGGUGCCCCUGUAUAAAGCCUCCACACUGACUCGGUACCGGUGCCCCUGUAUAAAGCCUCGUUAUUCUUAUUGUGUUAUAUUUUCUUCUUCUUGAACUACACUGUUGGUUAAGGGCUUGUAAGUAAGCAUUUCACGGUAAAGUCUACACUGUUGGUUAAGGGCUUGUAAGUAAGCAUUUCACGGUAAAGUCUACACUGUUGGUUAAGGGCUUGUAAGUAAGCAUUUCACGGUAAAGUCUACACUGUUGGUUAAGGGCUUGUAAGUAAGCAUUUCACGGUAAAGUCUACACUGUUGGUUAAGGGCUUGUAAGUAAGCAUUUCACGGUAAAGUCUACACUGUUGGUUAAGGGCUUGUAAGUAAGCAUUUCACGGUAAAGUCUACACUGUUGGUUAAGGGCUUGUAAGUAAGCAUUUCACCGUAAAGUCUACACUGUUGGUUAAGGGCUUGUAAGUAAGCAUUUCACCGUAAAGUCUACACUGUUGGUUAAGGGCUUGUAAGUAAGCAUUUCACGGUAAAGUCUACACUGUUG